AUGUCCGAGACUCGACCCAGGUUCAUCAAUCCCUCAAAUCACCUCCAGAUCGUGAUCCUCAGCCACUUGAAGAAGGUUCUCUCUGAAGACACCCAGAUUUGGACGUUCUUAAUCCCUCGCUUCCUGAAACAAAAGAAUCCAAGGGUAACAUUGAUGUUUAUCCGAGGGUCCAUUGGGUUAGGUCUUAAGGGCUACCGGAAAAGACAGGCGGUAUUGACAGUAUCAGGAGGCGGUUCCCGGCUGACGGCAGGUGGUCCGGCGUCUCCCGAGAAACGACGCUCUUCGAACUCCGUCAACGACCUCCUCGACGACGACGACAAGCUUCUAGAUGUCGUGGGACCGGACACGCCCCACCCUGGCCACCAUCAACGCGAACGCGAGCACUCUCGGGACAGGGACGACAGGACCAGUGAAAGAGAAGGCAGCGAGUCCUCGGGCUCCGAGAGCGGGGGUGGGCCAGGUCCAACGAGUUCGGAGGGGCCAAGACCCGAGGUGUCGGUGGGCCUGCCGCUUCAUCCGCCUCUGCUACCAUACCUCUAUCCGCCAGUACCCGGUCUGUAUCCCGGUCCAGGUCCCCUAAUACCCCCCAGUCACCUGGGUAUCCACGGCGGAGUGUCGCCAGGCAUGUUGUUCAACGCGCAGCUGGCCCUGGCCGCGUCUCAGCACCCGGCAUUAUUCGCGCACUACCAUCACCCACUGGCCAGUCCGUUGCAUCAGCUGAAGGGACAUCGAUACGCGCCGUACACCUUGCCAGCGCCAUCUCACGGCUCGGCGUUCGAGACCGUCACCCCUGGCAGCAGGACCCUUAGUCCCAGGUCACCACCGCCCAGGCCCCCAACCGGCUCACCAACGCCAGCGGCGGGCCUGACGUCCAGCAGCAGCUCCGCGGGCGAGCUCAAGUCCAUCGAGAACAUGGUGAACGGGCUCCAGGAGAAGAGGAGACGCAGUCCCAGUUUGACGCCAGGGCACAGGGGCGACGCGGACGCUGGAGGGGGGAGUCCGUGACAGGAGAACGAGCCCGUGACCAGCACGAACGGCGACCCAGAAGACAAGCAGUUGGCUGAAUCCUGUGACCCUGAGGAACUCUACGGCGACGAGAGGGAGCCGGACUCGACCUCCGAGCUGUCGUAGCAGGGAAGAGGGUCGAUGGUUCGACCCGGGACCCUCUGUGCCCCAUUCUGGGACGCUUCACGGCGCCCUGGGCCCCUCUGCGUCCCUCUGGGGGACAGGCGGCGACCUGGACGAGGGACGCUCGAGACUACGAAGUGCAAUUUUACCCCGCGGACUGGGGACGCGUUCUCCAUCGGUUUCUGGGACUCGGCGCUGGGCCUGGUUCCCUGUGAGUGUAUAUAAAAUGGCCGGGGGUGGAUCGCGCGGGGCCCGGGGUCCACGGACGCUGCAUGGAUUGCGAGAGUUGGUGGUGUAUAUUACUCCGGGGCACGGAAGGGCGGGACGAGCGUGGCUGGGGGAAGAGGGGAGUCAGUGGUGGGCAGGAAGUUACCCGUUCGAAUCACUUGGGUCACCUAGCGAUACAGGAUUCGUUAAUAAUGACGACGAUCUCGUGUCAUUCGCCUCGAAGACUAUCGGAUGUCUCGUCUGUCUUGGGAGUCUUGGAUGUCUCUUAACAUUUCGCUACUUUUUCGGUUCUUUCGUUACGUUCGUCUACGUUCCUGUCGCUUCCUGGCUCCCAAUGCCAGAGACUCGUCCAAUUCUGUUCGUAUAGUUGACCGAGAAAUUGUCGGAUAACACUCGAAGUGUUUCGAAUUUUCAAAUUAUUGAGGAGCUUGCGAGAGUGGGGGUGAAGUGUCCCACGCUAGUGACAACGGCACGGCUGCGUUCUGCCCGCGUGCGUUUUAGGUGUAAGAGAGGGAGACGUUGCAAUACAAGAGCACCUCCUAACUAUUUGCAGCCCCUGUACAUAUGUACCCUAGUGAUAUUAUAUUAUAUUAUAUUAUAUAUAUAUAUUAUAUAUAUAUAAAUAACUACUCUCUGUAUUAAUUAUUGAAUAUAAUAUUAUAUUAAUUAUUAGAGAGACGUAAACGACGCAUAAACGCACGUUGCCUGAUCACGCCACGACGCCCUCGAUAAACGAGAAUAAGGCGAGGAAACGACAAAAAUAACCUCGACAGACGGCAAACUCAGUCCGAUUCGGUCCACCGACCCGCCUUUCGGUUUCGAAAUCACACCGUCGCGCGUUUUAUAGGUUAACAAAGCAGGGAGUUGAGCGUCGUUCUUCGGUCCUGUGCCUGCGCGGAUGGCGCCACCGUCACCGACGCCGUUUCUCAGCAGGCUCCCAUGGACCAGACAUCUCGAACGAUCUCUCUCGUGGUGUUCAUCGACACCAGAGCUGGAUGCAACGACCGUCUCAGCGCCAGAGAAGUUAUAUAGAUAGAGUAGGCAAGCCAGGCGCAAAAGUGUAACCGCGAACCUAGGAGAAGUGUCAGCGUCAGCUGUUAAAUGCUCCUUAAGUCCUAUGACUCCCCUCGCCAAGCAGUGCUGUCUUAAUGUAUGGACUCGCUGGUCACUUGCCCCAUAAAUUAAGGGGCUCCAUGCUAAUGCGUGCAACGGUGAACACAUUUAUGGUAGCAUUGAUCACUGAAAUUUAUCACUGCCUGUCUUGGCAGCCGUUAGAUACUUUUUUUUUUAAAUCUACGAUAUCUGAACGAAAUAAAUUUAAAUAGAACCACAGAUACUCUCGCGAUUUGUUCUCUUUUUCUUCACGUUUUGCAUUUCCACUACAGGAGCUCUGCUCUAUCUAUAUCUCUUUGCUCGGUGCGCAAAAGACGCGCAAACUAGUGGCGCCUCGAGAAGACGCGGUGGCGCCACCGGUCCGGGCGCCAAGAUGGCCGCGGCGCUCAGCUCUUGUCUCUCGACGUUGUCGCUUCGGAAUAUCAACACCGUACAUCCCGAUCCGGCGCCCCUCGGUACUGUAUUUGUAUAAAAGUUAGCGAUCGAUGUAGAUAAUUGCAGAAAACGCAGAUGGAACGACGAAUAGUCGACUUUUUCGGAAACGUAGAGGUUAAGUUUUAAGAAAUCGGAGAUUCGUGACUCCGUCGUUCUUCAAAGUCGAGGGUGCUUGACCCUGCGUCACAGCUGGACCCAUCAGUCCCAUUUGUCCUCGUGAAUAACCCUUCGAACAUUGAAUACUUUGAACUCUGCUGAUAGUUCUGAAAGCCCGAACGGAAUUACAGUUAUAGAAAAAUUCAUUUGGUCGAUGAUAGCCAUAAGUGACGCUUGUGAAUAAGGGUUGGAGUGCGACUUGCGUUCGUAGAGCUUGUUCUCAGCUGUGCUUGAAAUUCUGGCCACGUUCGAAGGCUGUUCUUCGGUUAACUUUUCCCCCCUGCUAAUCGAUACUGAUUUGUUUUAAUGAAUUUCAUUUUUAAUAUUUUAUUUUAUCGUCGAAUUGUUGCAAUGAGACAAAUCGUAGAAUCCGCUAUGCAAGUUUAUCGUUUAUUGUACAAAUUGUAACUACGUCUGUCCAGUUCUGUUGUAGUUAUUAGUGUCACUUUCAGCUGUAAACUUUCGUUAACAUUGAAUUUUUUUUUUUAUAUUCUCCUUGUGUAAAUGUUAGAUCACCGUGUUUUGUAAUAUUUUCUAUGCAAUGUUGUUCUGAUUGUACAAACUACGAAAUUGUAAUGCCUUGAUGGUUCUAAUGUGUCAACACGAUUAUUAUUAAACAAAUUCCUUUUUUAUUCGUGAUACCUUCGGUACUGUCAUUUUUAUUGUAUAAAAAUGUGAAUAUACAUAACUCUAUCUGUUCCUACUAUUUUUUUUUUUUUUAAAUAAUUGAUGCUACUCUGCCAGUUGCAAAUUGUCAUUAUAAUGAUUUUUUAAACUAUUUUUUCCUAUUUAAAAUUUUAAAUAAAUACGAUGUCUGUUAAACAUGCCUCGGUAUUAUUUGUUUUAUUUUUCGUUCUCCUCAUUCUCUCAUCCAUUAUUCUCUCGGCUCUACGGACUCGAAUAGCACUUGAAAAAUGAUCUAGUUAUCAAACGCGAAGUUAAAUAAAAUCAAAAGUCGAAGGGUCAAAAGCGUUAAAAUCGUCAGAUUUGAACUGUUGCUUUCUCCUUUCGAGAAAGGGACUCGGUCAAUUCGAAUCAACUGCUGUAAAUGAUUGAAAUCAUGUCGCGAUCAUGUCACAAAAACUCAAAACGGUUUCUAACUGAGAUGGGCAGACAUUCGUUAAAAUAAUAGAUCACGAAUACAAAUUUUAUUUGAUCAAACAUAAAGUAUAAUUUCAUUCCACGAGUCAUAUAUUAAUUUUUAUGCACCGAGUAACGUGUAAAAGGUUGCUCAUAGUUUAUUCCUUGUUCGAAUUUUGUAUCAAGAUAAGAACUCUGUCCAUCUCGCCCGAAAUUAGUGAUCGUUCGAGGAAAACCGCGGGGGUUCCCGACGAGACGCAUCCACCUCCAUCGAUUCGAGCGAAAACGACGCCGCGCGGACGAUUUUAUAA